AUGGGAAAGCAGACGAAACCCUCCCCACGUGGGAAAACCCCUCAAAAACCCGGCUUCCCCCUGAUACAUUGGUUCAUAGCCUACGGCUACCUCGGACUCGUCGAGUGCCACUGGAUGAUACCCUUAUACGGCUUUAUGAUGGGGUACCUGAGCCACACCAAGCACGGCACUUGGUACGGAUAUUCAAUGGCGGCCUCGAUCUACAUAUCUCAAGCAGCCUACCGUCAUCACCAUGAUUACUACUAUGUGGCCGUUCCCCUCUUCAUCCUUGGCGGGUUUGGGCCAACGCGGCACUCUAUCUGGGCUGCGGCCGUGGCUGCGGCAAUACUUUACAGCGGAAGCCUCCCGGGCAUGUAUGCCUACGCUUUCUUCGUCUACGGGUAUCUGCUGGCUGGAACGGCAGAAGCCUGCUGGCUAGGUGCUGUCGCUUUUGGUUACAACCUUGAAGGAUGGACACUGGCGAUCCCCGUAGCUCUGGUUGGUGGCUAUUGUUGGUGGGCCAAGGAGUUCAGGAGGCAAGCCGACAUCUUCGCAAAACACCGCGCCGAGCAAAAGGAGGAAAUCGACAUGCGUCUAGCCGAGCUGGAAGAGCUGGAGCCGGGGAACAUCGUCGCAAGGGAUUUGGCACUCGCGACGGCCGAAGACGAAGUUGAAAUCCGCAGGGUGAGAGACGAGGUCGCAAAGGAGAAUGCUUUUUUUCUUGCGUUUUUUUCCAACUAUCGCGUUAAUAAAUGCGAGGAAAAGGUGUUCAAACGGUACAUGGAUCGCUCGUCCCAGAUCCUGAACGAAUGGUCGCGCCUCAAGGGCAUAUAG